UAUCUUGUUGUGAAGCUUAAACGCCUCAGAACAUCGAACUACAUUAUAGAAUACGUAUUUAGAUUUUUCUUUCUAGUUCUUACGGGCAGAAUACGACAGAUUCUUUGAUGUCAGCGCUAGUGAGUGGGUGGGAGUUGUGGGAGUCACGGAAGAAAAGUGAACAUAGCGUCGGCGUCGUUAAUGUAGUGCAGUGAACAAGGCCGGCAUAUUUUGACGAGAAUUUCAUAUUUUAAGCGAGUUUUCGAGCAAAAGGAGCCUUCACCUUGGAGGAAGAAACAAUAUCUGAACCCAAAAUGCCAGAACUCACGGAGCUGGACAAGGCCUCCACCUCGCUGACUGCAGAAGCAGCAGGAGGUUCUGCUGCUGGGCCUGGUUCUGCUCCAGGAUCUGGCACGGAGUCUGACAGCGAUGACACCAUCCCAGAGUUGGAGGAAACUGGUGCUGGCGCUGGACCUGCUGGUGUUUUGGGUGGUGCCGCAGCUGCAGCUGGUUUGCCUGUGGAUAUGGUGUCCAAAGCAAAACAAAGCCGUGGUGAAAAGAAAGCUCGUAAAAUAAUGUCCAAAUUAGGUCUUAAACCAGUACAGGGAGUAAGCAGAGUCACCAUUCGCAAAUCCAAGAAUAUACUCUUUGUUAUUAACAAACCUGAUGUAUACAAGAAUCCAGCAUCAGAUACAUACAUUGUAUUUGGUGAAGCCAAGAUCGAAGAUCUCAGCCAGCAAGCUCAAGUGGCUGCUGCAGAGAAAUUUAAAGCCCCAGAAGUUUCUCCGGCAGCUGAACAGAGUGGAGGUGCUGCAGUUGUGGCUCCCAUUCAAGAAGAGUCUGAAGAAGAGGAGGUGGAUGAUUCUGGAGUGGAGGAGAAAGAUGUGGAGUUGGUGAUGUCACAAGCCAAUGUGUCCCGAGCCAAAGCUAUUAAAGCUCUUAAGAAUAACCAGAAUGAUAUUGUUAAUGCCAUAAUGGAACUUACUAUGUAAAUUUCAUCUUAACACCUCAGGUGUCUUGGAUACACGCAGGUGCCAUCAUUGGAUUCAUUUUCGACUGGUUUUCACAUAUUGGUUUUUAAUAUCAAAUUUUUUGUUCAAAUCUUUGUAUGUUUUUGUGAGAGGUUUUGCAACUUUAUAUAUAAAUUAUUUGUAUGCAAAAGUAACUUUUAAGCCAGUCAUUGUUCCCCAUAUUUUGUUUGUACAUUUUGUUUUACUUUUGUGUGCCUGUCCGUUUUUCUUCCACUUUAUGUAGUGAUCCUUUAACUUUUCAUAAAAGUCUUCGUCCUUUUACUAGUUCAGCCCUUUGUGAUUAAUGCCAGGAUAGAGUUGUGAUUUUGUUUGUUCUUUAAAUAAAAAAAUAAAGGUUACAUUCUCACAAUUGUUUUGAUUUCAAUUUUUAUGUACCCAUUUGUUGAAUUCUUUAUCACACUAAAUAUUAUUAGCAAUUUCUGAUUAUGGGAAAAUGUUAUGAUUUGCUUAAAUUUCGGGGAGUUUGUUGGCUAAGAUGCAUUCUGCAACUUAAAAUUAGAAAGAGCAACAAACAGUAGAGUUCUGUAUUCAGAAUUCCACUUGUAUCCGGCUUAGGGUGAAGAUCUCAAAAUUAAGAAAACAUUCAUAGAAUACACUUCGCUCAAUAGCACAUGACACACACUCUUUCUGCUUUUGAAAAACAAGGGUUCAAUAGAAGUUUUGUCUAGUUCCAGUUCUGUCUGGCUUCUUUAUAAUUGUAAUCGGUGUUUAACAAAUAAUUCUGCUGUAUUGAAUUUUCAACUGCAAUUUGCAACUGCUUCUCCAAUUAAGAGUUCAUUGAGUAAUGAGCCUAGAAAGAAAAACAGCUGUUUUGGAUGUCAGUAAAUGUAAAUUACAAAACGCAAUAGAUCAAAUCAUAAUUAACAAAACCAUAACUAGAUAUGAAUAAUAACAAAUGAAAUUUCACGGAAAAGCAACCCUAGGAUCACAUAAGAAAUUGGAACCUUAUUACAAACUUACUCUUUACUUUAAUUCUAAAUUUCAUAACUAGAGUCCAGAAGUUUGGCAAAAUGCCUUUUUAUCAUUGUUACAA